AUGGCCUGGGGCUCCCCGGACGCCGGUGGCGAUUGCUCCGCCGUGGCCGCGCAGCUGGUGGAGGUCUGCGCCCUGCACAGCACGGAUGGGGCCUUUGCCGCGCUGACGCGGUGGGGUAAGCUACUGACGUGGGGUUGUGCAUGGCAUGGCGGCGACAGUCGGGAGGUGUCCGAGGAUUUGGAGCUGUGCUGCCAAGUGGUGGCCACGCGAGGUGCCUUUGCUGUCCGAAGGACCUCGGGUGAGGUGGUGGUUUGGGGUGAUCCCUCCACUGGUGGAGAUGUUCGGGCAACUGGAGAGCGACUGGUUCGGGUGCGAAAGCUCUUUGCGAAUGCGGGCGCGUUGGCGGCGCUCCGAGAAGAUGGCUCCAUCGUGACCUGGGGAAGCCAUGAGAAUGGCGGGGACAGCCGGCAGGUUCAGUCACAGCUUGUGGAUGUGCUAGAGAUCCAUUGUGCCCAGAAAGCCUUUGCCGCGGUCAGAAGUGAUGGCCGAAUUGUGACCUGGGGUGCACUUUCGGGUCCUGUCAAGCAAGCGCCGGAGAUUCAACUGCAAAAUAUCCGUGAGGUGGUUGGAAGCAACGCUGGCUUCGCAGCUAUUCUUCAAGAUGGCUCCAUGGUGACAUGGGGUCAACAAGAUGAGUGCGAUUGCAGUCAUUUGCUGGAAGAGCUGUCCACCUCCACGGUCCGUGAGCUCUACGCCACCAGUGGAGCCUUCUGCGUGCUCUUGGCCCACGGUGGCCUACGGUGCUUCGGCCGGAGCGACCUGGGUGGCGAAGGCGCCUUGGAGGAGGUGGUGCAGGUGGCUGCCACCUUGGGGGCCUUUGCUGCACUCAGGUCCAAUGGCUCGGUAACGGCCUGGGGCCAUCGACUGAUGGGUGGUGAGGUGCCCUCGCACCUGGAAAGGGCACUCCAGAGCGAGGUCACUCAGGUGAUCUCCUCUGAGGUGGCUUUCACGGCCGUCCGAAGUGAUGGCUCUUUGGUACGCUGGGGACAUCCUCACUACACCAGGAGCAAUCGCUUUCUGUCCCGGUUGAGAUCCUUCUUGCUGGGGAUUGUCCCUGAGUUGCAGAACCACGACACGCUGACGGAUGCCAGUGGCAGCCGACCAGGUUUCAGGACCGAAGACAGUGUGGACGUGCUUUUGAGGAUCAACAUCAUCCACCAGAACUUCGCAUUGAAUGGCAUCGAGACGGGUGUGGCCAAGUGA